AAGUUUUUCUUACCUACCUAUAGCUACAUAGCCACUAUGAAAUUAGUAGCACUUAUUUUCUCUCUUUCUACAAUAAUCAUAUCAUUAGCAACACCAUCAUCAUGCCAUAACUUAGCAUUAGAGCAUGGAUUAACCUUUUCAAUAUUCCCUCUAAGAUUAAAAUCAGGGUUAGGGGGUCACUACAUUCCUCAAACAUCAUGCUCAAGUUGGAGGCUUGGUGUUGAAGCACACAACAUCAUUGAAUGGACAUCAAUUCCUAAAGAGUGUGAAGAUUAUGUUGGAAACUAUCUUUUAGGGAAGCAAUAUAGAGAAGACUCAAAAGCAGUUACUGAAGAAGCUUAUAAAUAUGCUAAGAAUCUCAAUCUUGUUGGUGAUGGUAAAGAUAUUUGGAUUUUUGACAUUGAUGAAACUUCACUCUCUAAUCUCCCUUAUUAUGCUGAUCAUGGAUUUGGGGUAGAAAAAUAUAACGCAACAUCAUUCAAUGAAUGGGUUGAUCUUGGAACAGCACCUCCACUUCCAGAGAGUCUUAAACUCUACAAAAGAUUGUUGCGUCUUGGAUUUAAGGUUGUGUUCUUAACUGGAAGGCCACAGUCCCAAAGAGAUAUUACUCUUAAGAACCUCAAAAAUGCUGGCUACACCACUUUUCACACUUUGAUUGUCAAGGAUUCAACAGAAUACAAUGGGAAAACAGCAGUGACAUAUAAAUCAUCAGAGAGAAACAAGUUAGAGGAAAAAGGAUACAGAAUAGUUGGAAACAUUGGAGACCAAUGGAGUGAUAUCUUGGGAACCAACAUUGGCAACAGAACCUUUAAGCUACCUGAUCCUAUGUAUUACAUUAGUUAAGCUUUCACCAUCUUUAUUUAAUUUUCUACUAUCUAUUUCUUCAAAUAAUAAGAAAUAUGGAGUAACCUAGUACUCAAGUUUGGGUGACAAGAAGUCACACAAAGAGACACAACAUGUUCUCUCUUUUGUGAUUGAUAUAAUAUUUAUUAUUAUGUAUGUGUUGGUGUUCAAUGUAAGAGGAAAUCAUGUGAACAUUUUUCCUUUAAUAAACUCAUAAACAUUUUUUGUCUGGA